AUGGCGGAUCCGGCAACGAUUUUGGGUGUCUUCACCGGCACUCUUCAAAUCAUCAGCUUCACUCGCGAACUCAUCAGCUUGACCCAGGAGAUUGCUCACACCGGCUCAUCCGAUCACGAUUUAAAGGAGAAGUCAGAGGAUCUGUUGAGCGUGUCCCAAAAUCUGCAGAAGUCCUUAUCGACACUUGAUUCAGAGUCAGCCGGUGUCUGCACCGAAGAGCAGCAACAACUUCAGAAGGCGGCACAGCAGUGCUUGAUCGCUGCGCGAGCUAUGCUCAACGAGCUUGACAGAAUUGACUGGAGAACCAAUACGGUGGACUCUGGCUUGAGACAUUACUUGAACCUCGCCAUAUUCCGACUGAGGAAAACGCUUGGAGUCAAGAAGUCGGAGGCCAGCUCAAGCAGCAACAAAGACAAUGAGACUUCGCCCCCUUUGACGUUGCGUUCCAAGAAGCAUCCAAUGGUACGAGCAUUGAGAAAACUGGUCAAGAGGUCAAAGCUCGAAGACCUUGAAAGGAACAUGAAGCGGGCCGAAGAUACACUUCAAACUAGUAUACUCCAGAAACUAUUGCUUGACUCUCAAUCUGCCGCAAAAGACAAGACGGGAGCUAAAACAAAAUUGAAACGCGACGAAAUUUUGAAAAGCCUGGCCUUCCCUGAUCUGAACUCGAGAAGAGAUCAUGUCAGCGAAUCCCACGAGAAGACCUUGGGGUGGAUCUUCAGUAGCGAAAAGCAUGGCAAGUGGGACAACUUUGUCGAAUGGCUUGGGUCAAGUGAGAGGAUCUACUGGAUUGAGGGCAAGCCUGGCUCAGGCAAAAGCACUUUGAUGAAGCUGCUUGUUAGAGACGAGCGGACUAGACAAAGACUCAGCAGUUGGUCAGGCCAUCCCAUCAUCCUGUCUCACUUCCUGUGGAUUUCCGGGACAAAAGAUCAAAGGAGUCUGCAUAAGCUUCUAUGCUCUUUGGUAUACCAACUGCUCAAGGAAGAACAGGGGCUCGUCGACCAACUAAUCCCUCACUGCUCGUUUCUCGAUAACCGCUCGCGACAGUCCCGGGCCGAUGAGUGGUCCACGGCGGAGCUUAGACAAGUGCUCUCAAAGGCGCUCCACAUUCUCAACAAACGAGUUUGCGUAUUCCUUGACGGACUUGACGAGAUUGACAGCGACGACAGGGUGGAAUUUAAUCGGGUUUUGAAAGAUCUACUGCAAGCAGAGCCUGAGAUCAAGCUUUGUGUUGCCAGCCGCCCAGAAGUCCAACUCGAGGCAAUACUAAAAAGAGUCUUACCCAAACUGCGGCUACAGGAUCUAAACAGGGAUGAUAUUUCUGCUACAGUCAGAGACUUCCUCAAAGACUUCUCGCUUUCUGAUACUACAGGAGUUCAGACAAGCAACAAGGAAGCAAUUCGUGAGAAGAUCAUAAACCUGGUUAUCGACCGGUCAGAGGGCGUCUUUCUUUGGGCUCGCCUUGUCCUACGCAGAAUCCAUAACGGACGAGAGACCAUCGGCACUUUGGAUGAGGUUUUAAGGCGAAUCGAGAAGCUACCACAGGGUGUUGAAAAUCUGUACAUGGAAACGUGGAAAAGGCACGGCGACGACGAGGAAGAUUACCGUGUGGAGGCGGCACAAUACUUUCAACUCGUGAUUCAAUGGAAUGAGCUAUAUUCUGCCGACAGCCUUGCGAUGCACAGGCGAACAUCCACAGACACAGGUUCCACCUUCUCUGUGUCCCGCGACUCUCUUGAUUCCAAUCUCUCAUUGUUCAACAUAGCGGUUGCGUCCAUGGACAGCUUACGCCGAGAUAUUCUCUUCAACAAAGGAACUCUGGUAUUGGGGGAAUUGCUCACCGCAAUCAACAACACCCGCCAGCGGAUUCAGUUGUGCUGCGGCGGUCUUCUGGAGAUUCGCGACACGGAAGCACCCCGCGGGUGGGAUCAUGUUGUACUUGAGCCUUCGUUUUGGUUCAGAUUGCUCCUUAUGCCUCUAUCCGCCUUUUUCUCUCCUGAUAAGGGCAGCAAGGAACAGGUGCUACCUCCAGCCCGUGACCUGAUCAACCUCUGGGAGACCGUGUUUUGCACCCAGGUUGUUUUCAUUCACCGAACAGCCAGGGACUUUUUACUUGACAAACCGCUCGGCAAAACGAUAAUGGGGAGCUGUCCUUUGACAAAUCACCAACUCUAUACCAAACUCGUCCAGUCCUUGAUCUCACGGUAUUUGGUGUACGGGACGUGGAACCCUAACUUUCUGGAACAGCGUGUGGACACAUUGAAGAAGGCAACCAAUUAUUUCUUCGAAAAUGAGCAGUCUGAACUCUCAAGACUCAUCGAGGAAAUGCCUAGUCGGUUACUGGACCGGUACCGAAUCAUCACCGCUAUUCUUCACAACUCCAUCCUUGACCUGCGUCAGAGCACUGGCGGCGGGACUUGGAUCAAAGGCAUCGAGUUAGAUGUGGCAAGUGUGCAAAGCCUGAUUCUGUGGUGGUUCUGUAUGAGACGGACAAUUCCUAUUACUUUCGACAUUGUCUACCAACUCAUUUCUCGGGAGAUAUAUUACGUUGCCCUCAAUAUAAGGGAGCCCUCGAGUCUUCAACCUGAAGACCCUGACAGGUUCUCGAUCAUGCUGGUGAAAAUCAUGUACGAAUGUACAGCGUCUGGCAUCCAACACUCGAACAAAAGGCCAAACGACACAGAGAGCUUCUGCGCAGCUGGCUGGGAAAGCGAUGGUAAUCAAAACAGCGCAAUCUAUGACUACGCUGCUUUUGAGAAUCUUACCUGGGAAUUUAUGAGGACCAAGGCUGUUCUCCUGGAUUCACGAAUCAAUUUCGUUGUUCGACUUUCCCGCCAUUCUUCCUUUGGGGGCACUGUAUGGGGAUGUCCUGACUACGAUGAUGUCAACAGCAAUGCCGACGCAGAUGAGAUCGUCAUUGAGUGCAAUAUUGCUCAACUGAUCCGAUUUGCACAUUGUGUUGUUAAAGCCCAUUCAACUCCUGCAGAUAAUGGCAAGACUCGUAUGACGGACAAGGUGGAAGGACAUGAUUGCGCUCGUGGUUACGAUGACGCUCGUGCAAACCUUGAACGCCAUCCUGUGCAUAGGAAAGUAAUCCUCAUUACAAGGAGGCAUCAGAGCAGUGGCAUCGACGAUGUCAGCGUUUCACCAAGUGGCUCCCAAUCGGAAGCGAUCUGUUCGUUACUCGAGAAUAAGAACGGGAGACUGCUAUGGCAAGGACUCGCCGUUCAACUCGAUACAAUCUUGCAGGCCGAAACAUCGAUGACCUCCGCGGAUGCUCACAAAUGGCUCGCCGAUCAUCGAGCCUUCCCAUUCAACUGGAGUGAGACUGGCGACCUUUAUAACAGAAUGUUCAAACAGGAUGUGGCGGGAUCUAUCAUUGACGAGCUUCUUGAUAGGCUCAUUGGUGGCAGGCAAGAUCCUGAAAAGGCAGCAUGA